ACUGAUCUAAAUAUAGUACACACCAAUACACAUAGUUUACAAACCGAAAGUGCAUGUAAAUAAUGAUAUAGGACAUGAAAUAAUGGCUGAUAAGUCUGCCCUUCAGGCUUCAGUCAGAAAUAAACCUUCGAAAUCCUUGAAACUUCUUGUGGCGGCGAUAGACUUUGGAACAGCCUAUUCUGGAUAUGCCUACUCUUUCAAGUCAGAAUGGCCUCAGGUCAUUACGAAUAAAUGGCCAGGUGGGGAACAGAUCUCAUACAAGGCCCCCAGUGCACUACUACUUAACCCGGACGAAUCAUUUAAUUCAUUUGGAUUUGAAGCUGAGCAGAAUUACGCCUCUUUAACCUCGGUAGAAGAUGAGGAAUGUCAAGAAUAUUUCUUUUUUCAGCGAUUUAAGAUGAUAUUAAAGACCACCUUACAGAAGAGAGUUCACAGGAAAACACAAUGUGUAGCUGAGAAUGGUAAAUCUGUAGAUGCUAUAAAGGUCUUCACUAAUUGCAUCAAGUACAUGAAAGACCAUCUACUGAAAGCACUACAAGAUAAAAUCACAGGAGAAAUUUUCAUGGAGGACAUAGACUUUGUUCUGACAGUACCUGCCAUCUGGGACGACACUGCCAAAAUGUUCAUGCGAGAAGCGGCAGAGAAUGCUGGUAUUAAAAGGGACCAGUUGCAUGUAGCCCUGGAGCCUGAAGCAGCGUCAAUUUACUGUCAACUGAUGCAUUUAGAAUCGACAGAAAACAGCAGAUUUUUCUUGGCUGGAAAGGAACGUAAAGCUAAAUAUAUGGUCCUUGAUCUUGGCGGUGGAACUGCUGAUAUCACAGUUCAUCAGCUGAAGCCAGACGGAACUUUGGCAGAGUUGGUGCCAGCUAGUGGGGGUGAUUGGGGAGGAACAUGCAUUGACAAAGCAUUUAAAAAAUUUUUGAAAAAUUUAUUUGGUGAAGAUGUUCUGGAGACUUUCAAAACUAAUCCCGAGUAUGUUGAAGACUACUUUGACUUUUGGCAAAGUUUUGAAAUUAAGAAAAGAACUUUCGAAGUAAACAAGAAGCCACAGGAAAAUGAGAAAAAUACAGAAAAAGACCCUACUUUUCAUAUUCGUCUUCCGGUUGCACUUGCAGAAAUAAUUGGGAAAAAGACAAAUCAAGAUACAAAGAAGAUAAAAUCAGAUAUAAUUUUUCAGGGAUUGAUUGAAAAAUCGCAAUUCAAAAAUGAUUUAAAAUGUGUACUUGGCAAAUUGCACAUGAAACAUUCCUUUUUCAAAAAGAUGUUUGAUCCUACUGUGCUCUGUCUUAUUGACCAUCUAUCAAAUCUGAUUCCAACUAUUAAGGAUUUGAAAGUAAUUUUGAUGGUCGGGGGUUUUUCAGAAUGUAACAUUGUCCACGAGGCUGUGAAAGAGAAAUUUGAAGACAUUUGUAGAGUAGUUAUACCAAAUCAAGCAGGCCUUGCUGUACUCAAAGGGGCUGUUUAUUUUGGUCAUCAACCAGAUCUUAUCUCGGAGAGAGUGGCGAGAUAUACUUACGGAAUUCAAACCUGGCCAAAAUUUGAUGAAACAGUUCACAUGAAAUCAAAGCUUGUUAAGAUGGGAGAGGAAAAAAGAUGCAGAGAUGUGUUUUUCCGAUUCGUUGCGAAAGGAGAAAAGAUAAAGCCUGGAGACAAGAAAUCUUACAUAUUCAAUGCACUAAAACCGGGAGAAAAAGCAUUAGAAUGUGGCGUGUACAUUUCAAAUGAGGAAGAUCCUAAAUAUGUUGACGAGAAGGGUUGUGUGAAACUGGGCAUUCUGGAAGUUCCGCUUCAAAGUGUUAGAGAUAGAAAAUUAGAAAUAGAAGAGUCUUUGAUAUUUGGCCACACAGAGUUACAGGUUACAGCUUGCAAUUGUCACACAAAGAAAGAGUAUAAAGUUACCUUCGAUUUGCUCUCUCCGAACAUAGCACUUCCCGAACAAUAAAAGCAACUGUAUGAUGUACCUGUAAAUUCUAGACACGCUUUCUUAUAUUACUCUGAAUAUUGACUCAACAAAAUAUGAAUAGAUGAAAUGGACAAUGCAAAAAGAGUAGCAGAUAGCUGCAAAAAUUUUCACAGUAGAAAUACAGAACACCUUCUUUAUGAAUGCCUGUUUUCUAAACAUACGUUUGUUGGCCUUUAUCCCCUUUAUUGUGGGCCAAUUCCAACAAGCAUUCUGAGAGUAUUGCAUAGGCAAUAGAUGUCCCCUACCUGAUUUUCCCUUUCUCUUUAUGAUGUCAUUUUAUAACAACCUGUUCAUGAAAAAGUGCCUACAAAAUGUGAACAUUUCGGUAAUUGCUUGUUUAUUAAUGAAAUGUCUUGGAAAUUAAUAAGUCGAUCUGUCUUAGGAAGAGAAACGUCUAUUCAUUAUAUACAUGCAUGGUACUUUGGUCAAAAUAACUUAUUUUACAUGAUCAAAAUAAAUGAUUUUAUUAUAUGAUUGAAUAAUUUCCAUCUCUCU